AUGACCAGCCCUGAAGACGAGCCUUUGUUUUCUUCUCAGACGUCUGGCAAACCACGAACAAGUUAUAUCCUUCUUCAUUCAAGAUUAAUUGCCCGGGCUGAGCGUUAUCUCUUAGGACCGUCCUCCUUCCCCGGUUUCGCCAAGAGUUGGUUUUCAUGGUCUUCUCUUUUGCUCCUAUUCGCAAACGGCUACCAGCUGGUCAAGUCGAGCUCCGCGGCGGACCUAGCGUUUAAUCCUGUGACGCAGCAUCAACCUCGCUUCACACGUCCACUGCAAAGGAUCGAAGUACACGAUGGUCAAUGCCCUAACAGAGAACGCUCAUCGGAAGGGGCGUACGUUGAAACCUUCGCACUAGGAUUUCGCCAGGAGCUAGUCUUCAUGAUCUUCUCUUUUGAUGGCUCGUCCAUCCGCCGGUUAAAGAAACGUGACGGACCUAGCAGGAGCUGGAGACGUCUCGAGAUCCAUCUGAUGUUACUGCUUGACGGGGUAAUGGAGCACGGUGGCGCACGCAUGAAGUCUUCUCACGAAUCUGAGGACCGCAGAAUUAUCCAGAAUAGCAAUGGGCUAGAGAGACGUGUGGAUUUCCAGAUGCAUUGUUUCUUUUUCCCUCGAAAUCCAGGUCCAUUUCGUGUACCUGUACUCUUAUGUCAGGGGUCCACGUCCGAGCCGGCCAACGUAUUCGACAUUCCUCUCGUAUCGCUCCUAGCAUCGAAAGCUGACGCGAUGUCUCUUUCCGGACUCGGGAUCAAUUCGUUGACAUAUACAUCUCUGCGAACUGGGCGUCUCUUUCUGGGAAAGGUCACAUUGGUCCAUAGUGAUAAUGUCAGAUCGGCGAAUUCUCGGAAUGGACACCGCUGGUCCACCGCGAUUGGAUAUGCGGUGUAUCGUUUCUCGCCUCACGGUACAGGUUGCGCCUUCCUAUAUUCCAUGACCGCACCCUUCUCGGACCUCACGUCGGGCUCUGUCAUAUUCUAA